AUGGUGGUUUCCACCGUUAUCGAGGACCUCUUGCGCGUGUUCGGCGGCGGUGUAGAUGUGUUCGAGCUCUUUGACGUGGCUUUCCGCGCGCUGAAAGUCUUUCCAGGCGGCGCGCAGUUUGGCCUGGUCCGCCACGGCGGCAUCGUCGGACUCCGCCCGGACGUGGGCGGCGACUUCGCGGCGAAGGACCGCCUCAUCGACCCAGCGGAUGUGGGUCUGGCCGGAGAGAUCAUCCGCCAUGGCUUUAUUUUCAUACACCCCCUCCCGCAGGAAGUGAGAGAACUAAAAGAAGGGGAAAAAAUACCCUCACUCACGCCCUCUACAGCAAAUUGCUAUACUAAGGGGUAA